CCCUUAGCCUGUAGAUACACUCUCAUCACUGGCAGUACAGGUUGGGGGGGCUGUAUGCAUGACUGCGCAGAGUCGUGGCAGAAGGAGAGUGAGAGAAAGCCAGUGUGGGUUCUGAUGAGGAGCAGAGAAGGCGCAAAUGUAAGAAGCAGUGGAAAGCUGAUGGUCAGUAGCAGCCAGUGAGUUUAGGCCUCUGAAGUGCCAGCUAACGCAGCAGAGGGCUCCCUCUCUCGCUCACUUUCUGGUUCCACCUCAGAGGACUUGACCCAAUGGGGCAAGCUGCUAUGACAUGGUGGACCGCACAGUGGGAGUCUAUUUUGGUCUCGUUGUCAGAUGGCCAUGGCCUCUUGUACAAGUGGCGUUGGUGGUGAGGGGGAGCUAGGUGCCUGAAGUGGGCAGCAACAGUAUGUCUGGGCUGCAAGAGGACGAGCAACCCGCUUCUACACACUUCUUCUAUUCCGCAUCUUUCCAGCGCUCCAACAGUCAAGACAAAGUACGGAAGAUUGUCGCCGAAGAGGGCCGCGCAGCUCGGAACCUGAUUGCAUGGAGCGUCCCUCUGGAGAGUAAGGAGGAGGAAGCCAAGUCUAAAAGUCACUCAAGUGGCAGCUCCAGAGCUCAGAGGAUUCAUUCUGGCCAGCAAAGGAAUAAGAAGCAGAAUGCUGGUGUGGAGAGUAAAAGCACAACCGGUGCCUUUUUGGACAAGCCAGCCGAGAAGAGCCCCACUAAAGCCCGGCAGCCUCGCAAAGUGGAUCUGCGAGCACGCUACUGGGCCUUCUUGUUUGACAACCUGCGGCGUGCAGUGGAUGAGAUUUAUGUCACAUGCGAGUCUGAUCAAAGUGUCGUAGAAUGCAAGGAAGUGUUGAUGAUGUUGGACAACUAUGUACGGGAUUUCAAAGCACUCAUAGACUGGAUUCAGCUCCAAGAGAAGCUGGAGAAAACAGAUGCCCAGAACAGGCCUACCUCUUUAGCCUGGGAAUUGCGUAAAAUGUCACCGGGACGUCAUGUGGUGCCUAGUACCUCUGCUGCAGACAGAAUGGUGUCUUCUCCAGGUACACGUCGCACCCUCAAUUUUGGUGGUCCUGCACCUGUACUGGCUGCAGCCCGGCUGUCCCACUCCGGCCCCAGCUGGGCAGACAGAGUGAAGUGUACUCAGUCUUCCCCAAGUUCUAGUCAUCUGACAACUUCUCAAGUUGAAAAAUCAUGUAAGAAAGAUGCAGAAGGCUGGGAGACUGUCCAACGAGGACGUGCCGCCAAGCCUCGCUCUGCAACCAUGAUCGCCAAAGUCAGCCCUGUCUUGGCUGUCAGUGUCACACCAAAGCAGGACAGGAUCAAGAAUCAGUCACAUGUGGUCCCACAAGAAGAGCCACACUUCUGCCCUCAUAGCCCCCCUGAUGAGAAUGCAACCCAGGUGGACUCUGAGCAGCAAGUCUCUGCACAGCCGGACCCUCCGGAGAUUGUUGAACAUCCAAUGAGUGGGGUUGCAAUGGAGCACCCAGCAGAGAACGCACAAGAGUCGGGGCACUGUGUCAGCGCACCCUGCGAUAACACGCUUCCCCCUAUAGCAGAUCUCAUCCAUUACCAAGCCCCAGAGCCCACCCUAUGCUCAGCCGCAGUCCCACCAGCAGACAUGACCUUAUCAGUUCCACUUCCUGCUCUGGCCCGCUCCGCAUCCCCAGAUCGACCUCAGGCGGAUGGGCUUGGCGGACCUUCUGCCUUUGGGGACGGUGUGGCUGAGGGGGGCUCGUCACAGGGCACGGCCAAAUAUGCUCUACAACUUGCUGAGACUCCCAUGGCAGCGGUGAAACUGGAGAGUGUUCUGGACCCCACAGAGCUUUCUACUCCCCAGUCCAUGGCAGAGGUCCUGGCCAAGAAAGAGGAGUUGGCUGACCGACUGGAGAAGGCCAAUGAGGAAGCGAUCGCCAGUGCCAUUGCAGAGGAAGAGCAGCUGACCAGAGAGAUUCAAGCAGAGAACAAUGAUCUUGAGACGGACAAUGAAAAUGACUUCCCGGCUAGCAUGGCCAAUGGAGGAUGUGGACCCAAUAUGGAGUGGAGUGAGAUGCUAGCAGAUUAUGAUGCUCGGGAGGCAUGGCGUCAGAGUACCUCAUGGGGCGACAUGGUGGAGGAAGAACCUUCUCGACCUCCUGGGCACGGCAUCCACAUGCAUGAAAAAUUGUCAUCACCAUCACGCAAAAGGACCAUUGCAGAGUCAAAGAAAAAACAUGAGGAGAAACAGCUGAAGGCACAGCAACUGCGAGACAAACUGAGGGAGGAAAAGACGCUCAAACUGCAGAAGCUUUUGGAAAGGGAAAAAGAGGUUAGGAAAUGGAAGGAGGAGUUGUUGGAGCAACGGAGGAGGAUGAUGGAGGAAAAGCUGUUGCAUGCAGAGUUUAAGAGAGAGCUGCAACUUCAGGCCAUUGUGAAGAAGGCUCAAGAGGAAGAGGCCAAGGUCAAUGAAAUAGCAUUCAUCAAUACUCUAGAAGCCCAAAACAAGAGACAUGAUGCCUUGGCUAAGUUGAAUGAAUAUGAGCAACGACUCAAUGAGCUCCAGGAGGAGAGGCAGAGGAGACAGGAGGAGAAGCAGGCCAGAGAUGAGGCAGUGCAGGAGCGCAAGCGUGCACUUGAAGCAGAGCGACAGGCACGCGUGGAGGAGCUGUUGAUGCGACGCAAGGAGCAGGAGGCUCGAAUUGAACAACAGCGGCAGGAAAAAGAGAAAGCAAGAGAGGAUGCAGCACGGGAGAGAGCCAGAGACCGAGAGGAGCGACUGGCUGCUCUCAGUGCAGCUCAACAGGAGGCCAUGGAAGAGCUGCAGAAGAAAAUUCAAAUGAAGCACGAUGAGAGCAGCCGCAGGCAUAUGGAGCAAAUCGAGCAGAGGAAGGAGAAGGCGGCUGAGCUCAGCAGCGGCCGGCAUGCAAACACGGACUACGCCCCCAAGCUGACACCGUAUGAACGCAAAAAACAGUGCUCACUCUGCAGCGUGAUGAUCACCUCAGAGGUGCACCUGUUCAGCCAUACCAAGGGCAAGAGGCACCAACAGGCCGUGCGAGACAGCAGCAGCAUCCAGGGACGGGAGCUCUCAGACGAGGAAGUGGAGCACCUUUCCUUGAAGAAAUACAUUGUGGACAUCAUGACUGAUGGUUCAGUUUCCUCUGAGAGCGUAAAGGACGGGGAAGAGAGGCAAAAAGCCCGCAAGAAAGCGAAGAAGCUCCGUGCCAGAAUGAACUCUAGAGCAAAGCAAUACGAGACGUCAUUUCAGACGCAGGUUCCUGACUCCCCGUACAAGGCUAAGUUGCAGCGCCUUGUGAAGGACCUUGUGAAGCAGUUGCAGGGCCAAGACAAUGGGCAGUGGGCCAACAACAAAGUGUCCGGUCUCGACCGAACUUUAGGAGAGAUCUCACGCAUCUUGGAGAAGCAGAACAACGCAGACCAAGUAGCCUUCCAAGUGGGCGGCGGCCUAUCAGCUCUGGAGCAAAUCCUGCAGGUUGUCACUGCCGCUUCAUCAGCUACUGCCCUUCCCCGUAUUCCACUCAAGUCUCUCUGUGCUGCUGUGAAUACCUACUACUUGGCUUGCUCUUGCUGUCCCCUCAACUGCUCAUAUGUGCUCUUUAGCAACAAGAUCGCACUCCUCAUGGACCUACUGCUGCAUCAGCUAACGCUUUAUGUCCCAGAUGAGGACAAGUCCAUCUUUGGCCGCACUGUUAACAAACAAGUUUUUGAGGGUUUGACCACCGGAUUGUUGCAGACCACUGCUACCAUCAUGGGGUCCCUAUUGCCGCUCACCUCAGAGUCGGGAAACGGUGAAAACAUGCUGAUUUCUGUGCCAGAUGUUAAGGCCAAAAACUCUGCCACAGAGUCCUUCAAUACUCGCACACAAGACCUAAUCAGCUAUGUGGUCAACAUGGGUUUGAUUGACAAGCUAUAUGGGUGCUUCCUGUCAAUCCAAAACCCUGUGGAUGAGCACCCCAAGAUGGCAGCUUUCCUCCAGCAAGCUUCAGCCCUGUUGCACAGCAUGUGUAAGCUGUGCUUUGUCGUGACUGGACGAGGGUCCAGUAUUUUUGACAAUAAGCGACAGGACCCAACCGGGUUGACAUCCCUGCUGCAGGCCACAGACCUGGUGGGAGUCGUGCACACGCUGUAUUCUAUCCUGCUGCACAGCUUUGUACCAGAGUCUUCAUCACAGAGCCAGGAACCUUACAGCCUCGGGGUCAUCCAGGUGGCUUUGCAAGGCAUCCGCUUCCUUAACAGUUUUGCCCUGCUUGACCUCUCCGCCUUCCAGUCUGUUCUAGGAGCUGAGGGUCUGUCACUCGCUUUCCGGCACAUCGUCAGCUCGCUGCUGUGGUAUUGCACCCAGCAUUCGGCUGAAGAACUGCUCCAUGAAGUCAUCAUCUGUACCGGAUACUUUACAGUCAAUCACCCGGACAACCAGGUGAUAGUGCAGUCUGGACGUCAGCCCAGUGUGCUGCAGAAACUGUGUCAGUUGCCAUUCCAGUAUUUUAGCCACCCACGCCUCAUCCGCGUGCUCUUCCCCUCGCUCAUCUCGGCAUGCUACAACAACGCUCCCAACAAGGUCAUCCUGCAGCAAGAGAUGAGUUGCGUGCUGCUGGCCACCUUCAUCCAGGAUUGCGCUGCAAAUGAGAAAGUUUCUGACACUAAAACAAAGCAAAGCACGCUCCAGCAGCUGGAUUACUGCGAGCUGCCCAACCGCUUCCCUAGGGACCAGUGGGACUCCGCUCUGCAGUUUUUCCUCAAGAAGCAGGACGAGUGAUGGCACCUUAAUAAAAAUUGGCUUGACAUUGUUUGCUGUAUUAAACUCUUAAUCCAUUCAAAAAUGUUAUAAUGUUAAAGCCUUAUUCCAGGUUUGUGCACCUGCCGGGAAAGCAGUGUAUGAGCAAUUUGCACAAAAGACUGAGUUUGUAUAUUAGAGCGCAACGAGACGGUUGUUUCUGUUCUGGAAAUGUUAAUUUAUUAUGUAAUUUGUAUUGGUCACUCGUGUUUUUCUAGCUGCCAUACUCAUCAUUUCUUUCUCAAGAUGGUAAAACAUUGAUAGUUGAUCAUAUUACAAGUUACAGUUAACAUACACACUAAAAUAUUUGUUAGUGCAUUUUCUGUCCAUAUAAAUGUACAGUACAUAAUAAAGGUUUUUUGUUCUUGCCAG